AUGAUUGUUUCACUCACAAGCUGCAUCCUGGUCAUAGGACGAUUCGUCCGGUCACAGGAUCGACUUCGGGAGCCGCCAUGUGUACCACCAUCCAUUCCGAUUCCUCACAUUGGACACUUGAUUGGUAUAAUGAAACGAAGGAUGCAAUACUUCUCGGACAUUGGUGUAACAUUACAGGAGCCAAUAGCGAAGAUCUCCAUUCUGGGCACCAAUUUUUAUAUUAUCGGAUCAGUGAAAAUAAUGCCGUUUAUCGAGCGUCAACCCCGAGUAUUGUCUUCGCGGUCGUGGUUUGCGAAAUUUGUCUGCACGCUAGUUGGUUGCAGCAAGCGCUCCCUUGGUAACUUCGAGGCCAAUUUGGGCGCUACCACGGAAGGAGACUCAAUGCUUCUAGAGGGUGUAAGAACUACAAAGCGCAUUCUCAACUCGAAGACCGGAGCAGAUAUGAACUACGACGCUGCAAGAAUCGUCAGUGAGCGAUUCAAGACGAUGGAAACGCCGAAUCCUGGCGUAGAGCUAAAUCUUUUCGAGUGGGUCAAACACGAGAUUCUGUACGUGCUCAGUGAGAGUACGUAUGGUCCAGAAAACCCGUUCUGGGAUUCGGAAGUAGAAGCAGCGUUUUGGUAUGUCACUCAGCAUACCCUCGCGCUUUGCGUGACCAGUUUCUUACCAAAGUGCAUUGUGUCCAAGCUAUUCCAAGGCAUGAGAGGUCGUGAGUUUAUCGUCAAAGCGCUCGACGAGUAUUUGCGUAGUGGUCAUCUCGUCAGAGGUUCACCAAUCGUCAACGCUCACUACCCAAUUUUCAAAGCGAAGCUCGAUGACCGCGAUGUUGCUCGAUUUGAAUGCGCAAGUGCUCUUGGCUCUUUCGCUAACACAGUUCCUACCUCAUUUUGGACAAUUUUCCACAUUUUCGCGGAUGCGAACUUGCUCACGGACGUUCGCAACCAGGUCUCGGCUAUCACGACUACGGUCACAUCGGAGGACGGAAGGUCUAUCCAUCGCAUCGAUUUACGCCGAUUACGUACUGCAACGAUACUGUUCUCCGCCGUCGAGGAAGUAUCGCGCUACCGAGCUACUGGCAUUGGUGUUCGACUGGUUACUGAGAACAUUGUCGUUGGUGAUGGAGAUAACCGCUACUACCUCAAGAAGGGUGGUUGGCUUAUUAUCGCAAAUCAAGCUUUGCAUUCCGAUAAGAAUGUAUGGGGCAAAGACGCGGACAAAUUUGUCGCUAGUCGCUUCAACGAGAAAACGCCACAUCUUUCUUUUCGGGGUUUUGGCAAUGGUGCUAGUGCGUGUUGUGGGAAGAAUCUUGCGUUGUACCAUAUCGCUAGUUUCAUGGCAAUCAUGGUCAUGCGAUAUGACAUUUCGCCGGUUGAAGGCGUGUGGAAAGAGCCCGAACAGGAUGGGAGAGACACGGCGGCGCAGGUGGCCGGACCAGUGCAUAAGCCUAUGGUCAGAAUGACUUUGAGGGAAGAUGUUAAAGCGACUUGGGACUUUAGCUUCUAA